AGUUUGAUUGUAAAUCCCGAAGAGAAAACAAUUUUAUAUAAGCUUUUGUGAAAAUAACUUAGCAUGGCUGCCCAAAAUGCCGAAGAGGAUGAAGUACCUGAGCAUCCAAUGGAUUUGAUGACUCUGAAGCAAGCAGAUACGUAUGUUGAACAGUUUCGAAGGCAACUUAAAAUGCAUAGAGAGCAGGUUUCAGUCGUUUCCGAAGCAAUCAUGAAUUUUUGCGUUGAAGAGAUGAAAACUGAUCCUCUAAUUAAAGGGAUGGACACAAAAACAAAUCCAUAUCUUGAGAAGAAAGAAUGUAGUUUAAUAUGAUAUUACAAAAAGUUUAUAUAAUUGUGAAAGAAAUCGCAUUUAUCAAAAAAAA